ACAUAUGACCCAACACUUGAAGACUCAUAUCGAGGAAAAGCAGUAGUUGAUGGUAUACUAUGUGCUAUAGAAGUACUGGAUAUUGCAGGACAAACUUUUCGUUCAACAUUUGAAGAAAUUGAACGGUUUCAAGCCCAAAUACUACGUGUCAAAAACUCUGAUACAGUUCCAAUUAUAUUUGUUGAAGAAGGAAUGAGUAUGGGAAGGAAACUUGGUUGUAAAUAUAUUGAGACAUCAGCAAAAACGUGUAUAAACGUGAACAGAUCAAUUCACACAGUUGUUCGAAUGUUAAGAGAGGAAAACAUGAAAAAAAAUAAGUCCGCAAAAAAAAAUAAAAAAAUGGCGUCAUCAUCAAAAAUGGAUGGAAUAAGAUCUAAAGAACCUAUUCAUCUUUAUGAUUAUAAUUCUUUUAAUGAUGUUAUAGCUAUUGGUGAUGAAGCAUUUGGAACAAUUUCUAGUGCAUUUUCAAGAGAUCAUAACAAACUUGUGGUAUUAAAAUCCGUUGAUUUAAAACGCUUCACUCUUGAACAACUUGAUAACAAGUUAAAAUUACAUUUCAAGGCAAAAUUUCAUGAUAAUAUAUUAGGAUUUUAUGGCAUAACAAAAAAAAGUGCUGUAAUGCAUUUACAUAGUAACGAUAUAGUAUAUAGAGAUCUGCAUUCUGAAAAUGUUCUCAUUCAUGAUGGGAAUAUUAAAAUUUGUGAUUUUGGAAUCGCAAAAUUUACAUUAGAUCCUACAAUAGAAGUUUCCAAAACUUUAGGUACAAUAUUAUAUUCAGACCUAAAAUAUUUAAAAGAUCCUAGCAAAUAUAGUCGCGAUAAAAAAUCUGAUAUUUAUAGUAUUGGAGUACUGUUUUGGGGAAACAAUAAUAAAGGGAACUCUAAUAAAAUACAUAAAGAAAGUCCAAAUCUUCGUUCUGAUAUUAUUCAAGUUAUAGAAGAUUUAGAUAAUGUAGAUAUAAAUGAUACUAUUGAAGAAACAGACAAAUAUUAUAAUGAAAAUGGGGAAAAUAACGAAUUUAAUUUUAAUUUAGCCAGACAUAAUAAUAAUGAAUUACAAAGCAAUAACUUAUCAAGCUUGAUGGAUAUUUCAAGCUUAAUGCUACAAACUAUUAAUAAUUUAGACAAGCAAUUAAUAAGCCUAAAUAACCCUGAAUCAAAUCAAGAUAAACAAAAUUUAAAUCCUAAGCAAUUAGAAAGCCUAGAUAAUUCUGAAUCAAACCAAGAUAAACAAGAUUUAAAUCCUAAGAGAACUCG